AUGCAUCCCGUCCAGGCAUUGAAGCAGGAAUUGCGCAGAAUGUGUGGGCUGUCAAGGUUCCGGCAAAGGCUGGUAUUCCUGAAAGAGGAGGAUGAUGCCGGUGAUGGUAAUGUGGUCUUGGAUGACGAUUGCACCUUGAAGCCCGGGGAAGUGCAGGUUGUUCUUCUAAACUUCUGCCAAGCAUCUGAGGCGCAAGUGACAGCGCUUCGGGAUGCUGCGAGACAUGGUCUGACACAAGAAGUGGAGAAUAUUCUACAAAGGCCCCAAGACCCAGAUUUAGCCGGUCUCGGUCCAGCCCCGCUGUUUGUGGCAGCCUGGCAAGGCCACCUUGCGGUGGCGCGCCUUCUGCUGGAGGCGAACGCGGACAAGGACAAGGCCACGGAUAGUGGCAUGACCCCAUUGUUGAUAGCAGCUAGAUAUGGACACUUGGAACUUGCACGCCUUUUGCUGGAGUCGAAUGCGGACAAAGACAAGGCCACCGAUAAUGGAGUCACCCCUUUGCACACAACAGCUGAGCUAGGACACUUGGAAGUUGCACGCCUUUUGCUGGAGGCGCAUGCAGACAGUGACAGGGCUAUGCAGGAUGGCGCCACCCCUUUGUGCCUCGCAGCUCAGAAAGGACAUUUCGAGGUUGCACGCCUUUUGCUGGAGUCGAAUGCGGACGUGGACAAGGCCAGAAACGGAGGCUUCAGCCCUUUGCACGCAGCAGCUCAGCAAGGACACUUGCAGGUUGCACGCCUUUUGCUGGAGGCCAGUGCAGACAAGGACAAGGCCAUGCAGGAUGGUGCCACCCCAUUGCACAUUGCGGCCGAGAAUGGGGAGCUGGAAGUUGCACGCCUUUUGCUGGAGGCGCAUGCAGACAGUGACAGGGCUAUGCAGGAUGGCGCCACCCCUUUGCAAAUUGCAGCGCAAGAGGGGUAUUUGGAGUUGGCACGCCUUUUGCAAGGGUCAAACAUGCAGAACAGCAAAAGAUUAAGGUUGCGGUAA